AUGCAACAGGACGCGCCGAGUGGUGUAUCUGCCUCGCCUCUUCCAGACAAUGUGAUGUGCUGGAAUGCUGUAAUUAUUGGUCCUGCUGAUACUCCUUUUGAAGAUGGAACGUUUAAAUUAGUGCUCCAAUUCGACGAACAAUAUCCCAAUAAACCACCCAGCGUCAAAUUUAUCAGCGAAAUGUUUCACCCGAAUGUGUAUGCUUCGGGAGAGCUUUGUCUCGACAUCCUUCAGAACCGGUGGUCCCCCACGUAUGACGUUUCCAGUAUUCUCACAUCUAUUCAAUCACUUCUCAACGACCCCAAUAUCAGCUCUCCUGCCAACGUCGAAGCUGCCAACUUGUACAAAGACCACAGAUCACAGUAUAUCAAGAGGGUGAGGGAGACGGUGGAAACGAGUUGGAACGAUGACGACGAGGACGAGGAUGAGGAUGAGGACGACGAGGAGUAG